CAGCCACUGCACCGGAGCGGGCCAGAAGUUGGGGCUCCUGCGAGCCAGCCGGGCGCAAAACUCCGACUCGAGCCGCCCCAGCGCCUCUCCAGGACUAGGCGCCCGCCGUUGCUCCCUCGCCGCUGGGUACGCGUCCACACAGGCUCCCUGCUGGGCAAGAACAGGUCCACCAUGGGAUUGGCCUGGGCUCUCGGAGUCCUGCUCCUGCUGCAUGUGUGUGGCACCAACCGCAUUCCAGAGUCCGGGGGAGACAACAGCGUGUUUGACAUUUUCGAGCUCAUUGGGGCUGCCCGCAGAGGCUCUGGUCGCCGACUAGUGAAGGGCCUGGACACUUCCAGCCCAGCAUUUCGCAUUGAGGAUGCCAACCUGAUCCCCCCUGUGCCUGAUGACAAGUUCCAAGACCUAGUGGAUGCUGUGCGUGCAGAGAAAGGUUUCCUCUUCCUGGCUUCCCUGAGGCAGAUGAAGAAGACCCGAGGCACACUGCUGGCCCUGGAGCGGAAAGACCACUCCGGCCAGGUCUUCAGCGUGGUCUCCAAUGGCAAGGCGGCCACCCUGGACCUGAGUCUGACCGUGCAGGGGAAGCAGCAUGUGGUGUCGGUGGAAGAAGCUCUCUUGGCCACCGGCCAGUGGAAGAGCAUCACGCUGUUCGUGCAGGAAGACAGGGCCCAGCUGUACAUCGACUGUGAGAAGAUGGAGAAUGCUGAGCUGGAUGUCCCUAUCCAAAGCAUCUUCACCAGGGACCUGGCCAACAUCGCCAGACUCCGCAUCGCAAAAGGAGACGUCAAUGACAAUUUCCAGGGGGUGCUGCAGAAUGUGAGGUUUGUCUUUGGAACCACACCAGAAGACAUACUCAGGAACAAAGGCUGCUCCAGCUCUACCAAUGUCCUUCUCACCCUCGACAACAACGUGGUGAACGGUUCCAGCCCUGCCAUCCGCACCAACUACAUCGGCCACAAGACAAAGGAUCUGCAAGCCAUCUGUGGCAUCUCCUGUGAUGAGCUGUCCAACAUGGUGCUGGAACUCAGGGGCCUGCGCACCAUCGUGACCACACUGCAGGACAGCAUCCGCAAAGUGACUGAAGAGAACAAAGAGCUGGCCAAUGAGCUGAGGAGGCCUCCCCUCUGCUAUCACAACGGCGUUCAGUACAGGAAUAACGAAGAAUGGACUGUUGAUAGCUGCACUGAGUGUCGCUGUCAGAACUCAGUCACCAUCUGCAAAAAGGUAUCCUGCCCCAUUAUGCCCUGCUCCAAUGCCACAGUUCCUGAUGGAGAAUGCUGCCCACGUUGUUGGCCUAGCGACUCUGCAGAUGAUGGCUGGUCUCCGUGGUCUGAGUGGACCUCCUGUUCUGUGACAUGUGGGAAUGGAAUUCAGCAGCGUGGCCGCUCCUGCGAUAGCCUCAACAACCGAUGUGAGGGCUCCUCGGUGCAGACGCGGACCUGCCACAUUCAGGAGUGUGACAAGAGAUUUAAACAGGAUGGCGGCUGGAGCCACUGGUCCCCGUGGUCAUCUUGUUCUGUGACCUGUGGUGAUGGCGUGAUCACCAGGAUCCGGCUCUGCAACUCUCCCAGCCCCCAGAUGAAUGGGAAACCAUGUGAAGGCGAAGCUCGAGAGACCAAGGCCUGCAAGAAAGAUGCCUGCCCCAUCAAUGGAGGCUGGGGUCCCUGGUCACUGUGGGACAUCUGUUCUGUCACCUGCGGAGGAGGGGUGCAGAAACGUAGCCGACUCUGCAACAACCCCACACCCCAGUUUGGGGGCAAGGACUGCAUCGGCGAUAUGUCAGAAAACCAGAUCUGCAACAAGCAAGACUGUCCAAUCGAUGGAUGCCUGUCCAAUCCCUGCUUCGCCGGUGCCAAGUGUACUAGCUACCCUGAUGGCAGCUGGAAGUGCGGUGCCUGUCCCCCUGGAUACAGUGGAAAUGGCAUCCAAUGCAGAGAUGUUGAUGAGUGCAAAGAAGUGCCCGAUGCCUGCUUCAACCACAAUGGAGAGCACAGGUGUAAGAACACAGACCCCGGCUACAACUGCCUGCCCUGCCCACCACGUUUCACGGGCUCACAGCCCUUCGGCAGGGGCGUCGAACAUGCCACAGCCAACAAACAGGUGUGCAAACCCCGCAACCCUUGCACAGAUGGGACCCACGACUGCAAUAAGAACGCCAAGUGCAACUACCUGGGCCACUACAGUGACCCCAUGUACCGCUGCGAGUGCAAGCCUGGCUACGCUGGCAAUGGCAUCAUCUGCGGGGAGGACACGGACCUUGAUGGCUGGCCCAAUGAGAACCUAGUUUGUGUGGCCAAUGCAACCUACCACUGCAAAAAGGAUAAUUGCCCCAACCUUCCCAACUCGGGGCAGGAAGACUAUGACAAGGAUGGAAUCGGCGAUGCCUGUGACGACGAUGAUGACAAUGAUAAAAUUCCAGACGAUCGGGACAACUGUCCAUUCCAUUACAACCCAGCCCAGUACGACUAUGACAGAGAUGACGUGGGAGACCGCUGUGACAACUGCCCCUACAACCACAACCCAGACCAGGCGGACACAGACAACAAUGGGGAAGGAGACGCCUGUGCUGCAGACAUUGACGGAGACGGUAUCCUCAACGAACGAGACAACUGCCAGUAUGUCUACAACGUGGACCAGAGGGACACCGAUAUGGAUGGGGUUGGAGAUCAGUGUGACAACUGCCCCCUGGAACACAAUCCAGAUCAGCUGGACUCUGAUUCGGACCGCAUUGGAGACACUUGUGACAACAAUCAGGAUAUUGAUGAAGAUGGCCACCAGAACAAUCUCGACAACUGUCCCUAUGUGCCCAAUGCCAACCAGGCUGACCAUGACAAAGACGGCAAGGGAGAUGCCUGUGACCAUGAUGAUGACAAUCCUGAUGACAGGGAUAACUGCAGACUCGUGCCCAAUCCUGACCAGAAGGAUUCUGAUGGUGAUGGUCGAGGUGAUGCUUGCAAAGAUGAUUUUGACCAUGACAGUGUGCCAGACAUUGAUGACAUCUGUCCUGAGAAUGUCGAUAUCAGUGAGACUGACUUCCGCCGGUUCCAAAUGAUUCCUCUAGAUCCCAAAGGGACAUCCCAAAAUGACCCUAACUGGGUUGUACGCCAUCAGGGUAAAGAACUCGUCCAGACUGUCAACUGUGAUCCUGGACUUGCAGUAGGUUAUGAUGAGUUUAAUGCUGUGGACUUCAGUGGCACCUUCUUCAUCAACACUGAAAGAGACGAUGACUAUGCCGGGUUUGUGUUUGGCUACCAAUCCAGCAGCCGCUUCUACGUUGUGAUGUGGAAGCAAGUCACCCAGUCCUACUGGGACACCAACCCCACAAGGGCUCAGGGAUACUCAGGACUUUCUGUGAAAGUUGUGAACUCCACCACAGGGCCGGGCGAGCAUCUGCGGAAUGCCCUGUGGCACACAGGAAACACCCCAGGCCAGGUGCGCACCUUGUGGCAUGAUCCCCGUCACAUAGGCUGGAAAGAUUUCACUGCCUACAGAUGGCGUCUCAGCCACAGGCCAAAGACAGGCUUCAUUAGAGUGGUGAUGUAUGAAGGGAAGAAAAUCAUGGCUGACUCAGGACCCAUCUAUGACAAAACCUAUGCUGGUGGUAGGCUAGGACUGUUUGUCUUCUCUCAAGAAAUGGUGUUCUUCUCUGACCUGAAAUACGAAUGUAGAGAUUCCUAAUCAUUAAACUAGUGAUCAAAAGACUGACCAUAGCCAAUGAUGGUAUUGCACCUUCUGGAAUCACGAGCUUGAGAAAACCCCAGGAUCACUUCUCCUUGCCUCCCUUUUUUCUCUGCUUACAUCAACAUGGACGCCCAGAACAUGGGACCAGCCUCAGGAAAAUGCAGUUUUUAAAAAAGAGACUUAGCACUCGGCCUCCAAUGAAUCAGAAGACAUUUUCCAAAAAUAUAAACAAUUGCUUUGGUUUGCUUUUCAAAAAACAAAAGCAUCUACUUGCUUCCAUGGGAGAGGUACCCAUUCCUCUCUGCUCCGUCACAGAGCAGGGUGCUGUCGUGAGACCAUCUCUGAGCAGUGGACUCAGAAGCAUUUCAGGCAAGUCAGAGAAGGGAGAACUCACUAGAAUUAGCAAACAAAACCGCCCCUGACAUACUCCCUCUGGAGGGGGAGCAGGGGCUGAGGCACUAAGGGGAGGGUGCACACUCAAGGACGACUGUAUGAAGAAAAUAUGGAGGAACUGUUACAUGUUCGGUACUCAAAUCAUUUUCAGGGGAUCGAAAGACUAUUGCUGGUUUUCAUGAUGCUGACCACGAUGUUAGCUGAUUAACCCACAGAAAUAGGCACUUAAGUAGAAGCAGGGACAGGAAGGAAAGACUGGCUUCUGGACUUCCUCCCUGAUCCCUGCCCCUUAUAUUUCACCUAUAGUGACCAGAACAGGGAGUCGGAAUUAAACCAGUGUAAGCCAGUGCCAGUGCCAUUACCUGAUCACAUUGAAAUUGUUGGUUUCAUUCCAGACGUAGCUUGCGCAGAUGUAGCAGGAAAAUAGGACGACCUACCAUCUCAAUGAGCACCAGCUGCCUCCCAAGGGAGGGGCGGCAGUCAUGCUUAUAUUUCUAUGGUUAAAAAGGCACAAAAUUACUAUCAACCUAACUAAAACAUUCCUUUUUCUCUUAUUCUUCUCCCUUUUUCUCUUGUUCUUUUUCCUGGAUUAUCAUGGAAUUUUCCAAUUCUCUUUUUUUGGACUUUAGAUCAUUCUUUUUUCCUUUGUUAUAAAUGCUUUACAAUGUAAAAUAUUUAUUUUGUACCUAUUCGGGAGGAUCUGUCUGAAGGAUUAUUCAUGGAACAGGAAGAAGCGUAAGGACUAUCCAUAUCAUCUUCUUUAAGUCUUUAUGACUGUAAGAUUGUAAAUACAGAUUAUUUAUUAACUCUGUUCUACCUGGAAUUUAGGUUUUUACAUGGAAAGUGUUUGAAAGCAGGUAGUUGAGAUUAAUCAAUUUUUUUUUCUUUUUUGAGAUGAGAAUGAAAGUCAUUCCUUGGAAAUGGCACUAAGAAAAUCGGCAAAACAAGCUGCUUUUUGAAUUGUGCUUAGAGUGAAUAAUUUUGGGUUUUUUUUCAUGUCUUUUUGUCUUUGAAGCAGAAUUAGUGGGUUGUCCAUUUGCAAGUGUCUUAGGUUACAAAGAAAGCCAUAAAAGUCUUCAUUACUGUCUUACCCCUUCCCUUGUGCCUGUUUCCAGGGAAAAGAAAAGCAUAUACAUUUUUGUUUUUCAUUUUUCCAAAAGAGAAAAAAAAAUGACAAAGGUGAAACUUAUAUACAAACAUUACCUCAUUUGUUGUGUGACUGAGUAAAGAAUUUUUGGAUCAAGCCGAAAGAGUUUAAGUGUCUAACAAACUUAAAGCUACUGUAGUACCAAAAAGAAAAAAAAGAAAAAAAAAAGUUAAUGUUGUACAUAGUAUAAAAAUUCUUUGCAGAAAAUUAUUCCCAAUAAGGAAAUAGCAUUUAAAUGUUAAAUACAUUUUCUGAAAGUGAUGUUUUUUUCUGUCAUCUUGUAUACCAUUGCUUUAUUUUUAUAAAUUAUUUUCUCAUUGCCAUUGGAAUAGAUAUCUCAGAUGUGUAGAUAUGCUAUUUAAAUAAUUUAUCAGGAAAUACUGCCUGUAGAGUUAGUAUUUCUAUUUUUAUAUAAUGUUUGCACACUGAAUUGAAGAAUUGUUGGUUUUUCUCUUUUUUUGUUUUUGUUUUGAUUUGUUUUUCGCUUUUUACCCUGUUUUUACUAUUUGCCAAUACCUUUUUCUAGGAAUGUGCUUUUUUUAUACACAUUUUUAUCCAUUUUACAUUCUAAAGCAGUGUAAUUUGUAUAUUACUGUUUCUUAUGUACAAGGAACAAUAAUAAAUCAUAAGGAAAUUUA